GAAUGCAGUUUUCAGUAAAAUGGUUUGCUUAAAAUGUUCUUGAACCCUACUAAGCUUUAAGAGCAUUUAUUUACGAUAUUUUUCAGACUUCCAGUGGCAUGUACUACGACUGCUGAACACGCUUCGCUUCAUGCUGGAACAACAAGCGGACACCCUGAACAAGUUGUGCGAUAUACUUCCUACUUUUUCAGUCACCGAAUGCGCAGAGCUCUUAGGCCAUCCGCUAAGCAGUCUUGAAGAACUACAAGAGUUUGACGACAAGCUCGAUGCUGGAAAAUUUAGGAUCCUGGUUCAUGAGUUGGCACAGCUCGGUGGGAAAGAUGCCUACUGGGCAACAAAAAGAAUCUUGUCAUACUGCAUCACAGACGAGGUUGCGGCACAAUUUUCCUGGAUGGGUCGAAAAGGAAAACUGAGCUUCUCUGCCUUGAAGAUUGCUAAAGCCAUAACAGAUGCUGCUCGCAAAGCGCCAAACGCAACUGCUGCUGACGUUGAGGCCUCUAUCAAAUCGUGGCUCCGGCAUGCCCCCGAGCGCCUUGCCACCAAGUUUCAGAAGUCAAAGCAAGGACAACUUGAGCAAGCAGCAGAUACGGACUGAAACUUUCGCCACGGCUCAGCUUCCGAUUCCCUGGUCGUUCUGGGGAUAUUGAUGGCAGCAGAUUGAACUUCUAGAUGUUUUAUGCUCUCACUUUGUCAUGGGGUUGUGAUGCUGCAUAGCUUGUGGUCUUAAUGUUUGAAUUUAUUGUCUUUAAAUGUUUUACAUGUAUGUCUCAUGCACUCAUCUUUUAGGUGCUUUAGAGGUUUAUUUGCAUAUGUAGAAGCUAUUAAACAUUACCUAUGUCCAUUUGUACGGGUAUUGUUGUGCUUGUCGAGAAUAACGGCUGUGACAGAUUCAUGGCAUUAUGUUUCUGUGAAUGAAAGUGCCCUUAUUUAUUGUUUCUGGUGGCAAGAGGCAAGUUUCUCAUCAUAUCGUGCUUUGCAGUUGUAUACUUUUAGUACUUCGUGUUGUCUUUGUGUUAGGUUUACUAAAGUAUACUUUCCUAGAAAAUGUUUAAAGAUUUGAGUUGAUCUGCUGAUCACCCCGACAUUUCGAGGUUUUUUUCUGACGCACUAGAGCUGGGGACACUACAUCCACUUGCAGGCUAUUGGGCUAGGCUUUGCAGAUAGGCUUUGCAGUGCUUGUUCUGUGAAUGCAGGAGCUGUUGUACUGUGAUAACACAAGACCAAAGCCCACUGUUUUUUGCUUGUUUUUGCUUCACUGUGAAUAAAAAUGAAAGCUGUGACAUUGUCUUUUCCUAGCUGUGCACCAGUAUGAUAGGUCUCCUUCAGGAUCAAUGCCUUAA